GCUUGGGGAACUCGGGGGAGUGGGCAGAGAAGAUGAGCCAAUCCCCAGAGCUCCUUCUCCAGGAGAGGAAGGGCCCUGCAGUAGAUCUAGGGAGUUUGGAACCCCAUGAAAGCCUAGAUCCUGGUUUGGGAGGAGAGGAACUCUAAGCUCUAGGUUACCCUGCAUUAAAUGGGGAGGGUGUGGCUAGGAUUAAAGGUGGGGAAUAGGUAAUGGCUCUGCUCAGGACUUCGGGAUUUUUACGCAGUAGAGGGAAGCAGCUUCUCUCUCUGUAAAAUGAGAGACCCUUCCCAGCGUCUGUGAAUUUCUGUAAAGGGAGUGUUAAUCAAGAAACAGAUCUGUGGACUGUGGAAUCCUAAACGGUCAUGAUCGAGGCAUUCUCAGUCAUCCCAUGACCCUCAUCCCAAAUGCAUGUAGACACACUCAUGUUUACAUACAGUUUUAGGGGGAUUGUGAACACCCUAAAGCCCAUCCAUGUAUCUCCGUGAUUUAGCCUGGCCCCCUAAUGUUACAGAAGGGGGAACUGAGAUGCAGAGCUGCAGAGCUACUUGUUUGCAGUUACAGAGAAAGUCAGGGACACCCACUAGACUCCAGUUGCACAACGAGUGCCCACAGACCGAGGGCCCCUUGUGGGUGCUGGGGAUACAGAUGAAGGCAGAUUGUUUUCUAAAGGAAGGAGUAUAGAGAAACCCGGAGGCAAAGGAGAAGGGUACCAGGCUGGGUGGUCAGUCAAGGAGCUCAAGGGCUCUGCCUCUUCUCCAGAGAGCAAGUUAAGGGCUCUGGACCUCAUUUUAUUUGCAGAUCUCUUCCAAGAUUCCUUGAAAGUUACAUGAGAUACAAAUCGCGGGAUGGAACAGGAGGGAGAGAAGGGAUGAGGGAGAAGAGAACACCACAGAAGUUAGCCCAGUAAUGGGGAGAUGGGGAAGAUGGGGGAUGGUUCUCUCUGCUUGGUUAGACCAGCCUGUGCCCUCAAGCCUCAGGGCCAAGUGCCAGGGAUGAGAGGGGCACACUAGCCUCACAGACCCCAUUGUAGCCCCAGCCUAGCCCAUGCUCCCUCUCCCCUAACUUAAACCUCCAACCUCUUUCAGUCUUGAAAUAGGAAUGUCCUGGGUCAACAGAUGACAGUAGUCUGAGACCUUUGCCUGCCCCACCCGGAUGCCCCUGGCACCUACCCUCCCUCUGAUCAGGAUGCCUGAGCUGGAAAAGCCGCUAGAAACCACCCCUGAAGAGACAGUGCUUCCCUAGCAACAUGAAAAUAGAUUUGUGCAAACUUGAGCACCUUCCUCUCGUUCCCUGGGCCCCAGUCUCCUCUGCACAGAGACCCUGAAGGCCCUUCCAGCUCAGAUAUCCCUUGCUUGUGAUUUUGGGCUGGUCUAAAGCUGUUCAGGACCGGGGCAGGGUGAACCAGGGACUGGAAGGAGGUCUGGGGAGAAAUGGAGGCAGCCUGGUCCAUUUAUGGGGGUCUCUCCUCCACAGGAUGAUCCCCAAGGAGCAGAAGGGGCCAGUGAUGGCUGCCAUGGGGAACUUCACUGAACCAGUCCCUACGCUGGACCUGGGCAAGAAGUUGAGCGUGCCCCAGGACCUGAUGAUGGAGGAGCUGUCACUACGCAACAACAGAGGGUCCCUCCUCUUCCAGAAGAGGCAGCGCCGUGUGCAGAAGUUCACUUUCGAGUUAGCAGCCAGCCAGCGGGCGAUGCUGGCCGGAAGCGCCAAGAGGAAGGUGACUGGAACAGCGGAGUCGGGGACGGUUGCCAAUGCCAAUGGCCCCGAGGGGCAGAACUACCGCUCGGAGCUCCACAUCUUCCGGGCCUCACCCGGGGCCUCACUCGGGGGUCCUGAGGGCGCCCACUCUGCAGCUGCCCCAGCUGGGUGCGUCCCCAGCCCCAGCGCCUUGGCGCCAGGCUAUGCGGAGCCGCUGAAGGGCGUCCCGCCAGAGAAGUUCAACCACACCGCCAUCCCCAAGGGCUACCGCUGCCCCUGGCAGGAGUUCGUCAGCUACCGGGACUACCAGAGCGAUGGCCGAAGUCACACCCCCAGCCCCAACGACUACCGAAAUUUCAACAAGACCCCAGUGCCAUUUGGAGGACCCCUCGUGGGGGGCACUUUUCCCAGGCCAGGCACCCCCUUCAUCCCGGAGCCCCUCAGUGGCUUGGAACUCCUCCGCCUCAGACCCAGCUUCAACAGAGUGGCCCAGGGCUGGGUCCGUAACCUCCCAGAGUCCGAGGAGCUGUAGCCCAAGCCUGCAUCUUCAGUUCCCCAGUCUUGGGGGCAUGGUAACAUCCGGAACUGAGACUUGCGGACAGCACUUCACAGUUUAAGAAGGGCCUUCACACACAAAACCUGAUUGCAAAUGGCCUCAGAGGUCACAAAGUUCAGUAGUCCCAAAACAUGGGUGUGCUUCAAAAUUACCUGGGGAUGUUGUUCUGAAUACAGAUGACUGGACUGUCCCAGACUUGCAGCAUCAGAGUCUCCUAAGUCAAGGAAUCUGUAUUACUAAUAGCAACUAGGGCCGGGUGUGGUGGCUCAUGCCUGUAAUCCCAGCACUUUGGGAGGCCAAGGUGGGAGGAUCACCUGAGGUCAGGAGUUUGAGACCAGCCUAGCCAAAAUAGUGGAACCCCGUCUUUACUAAAAAUACAAAAAUUAGCCAGACAUGGUGGUGCAUGCCUGUAAUCCGAGCUACUCAGGAGGCUGAAACAGGAGACUCACUUGAACUGGGAGGCAGAGGUUACAGUGAGCCGAGAUUGCGCCACUGCACCCCAGCCUGGACAACAGAGUGAGACUCCUUCUAAAAUAAAUAAAUAAAUUAAAUAAAUAGCAACCAGUACUCCAGGUGAUUCCAGCAUAAAUUUUCCAUGGUUUGUGUCAUUAGGAGUCUACAUCCACACCUCUGCUCUUCCCUGUUCCUGCAGUGUACACUCCCCUGGUGACAGGGUGCUGCUCACUGGCACCCCAUCUUCCUGUGAAUAACUCAAAUAAUUAGAAAAUGUUCCUUUUACUGAGAGGCAGUUGGUCUUCAUCUAUUCAUGCUCUAAACACUUCCUAAGCACUGACUGUGUGCUAGACACUGUGCCAGGCCCGGGCCUCGAGGAGGAAAAGACAGUAGGGAAGACAGAUUUAUAGAGCAUGAAAUCAUCAUAAUUUUCCCUAAAGCAUGCUUAUUGACAAUUGAGGAACAGUGUAUCGUGGGGCAGAGGAAGGAGUCCGUCACCCUAGGUGUGGGAUGGGAUUCCAGAAGCUUCCUGGAGGAUUUGAGUGGGACCUUGGAGGAGGUGUGAGAGUCCAUGAAGAGAAGGGGGUGUGAGGGGGAGGGUAUUCCUGGAAAGUAGACCAGCAUGUGCAAAAAUGUGGAACUGAGCACAGGUGCAGGGUGUUCUGCAGAAGGGAGAAGGCUGUGCUAGAGGAGCCGGUGAGGGCCAGCGUGGGGUGGACCUCACUAAGGAAAUGCGGAAGGUUUUAGUGAUGGGUCUUGCUGGGUGCUGUGUGGGGCGUAUAUUGGAGAAGGGUAAUGCCAGAAGCCAGGAUGCCUGCAAGGGAUGAGGCCAUGGGAAUGGAGAGAAGGGGCCGCCUGCUGGGCACCUUGCGGGACAAGUGCAAAGUGGGGUGCUUAUUAAGAUUGCUUCUUUCCACCGUCCAUUUUGAGCAGGCUGUUUAAAGUGGUGGUGGUGGUGAUGAUGAUGAUGGCAGCUUUAUAUUGAGUGCCUCAGUGCUUGGGCUGGUGGUAGGUUCUCUACAUAUCUUAUUUCUAAUUCUCACAACAACCCUGAGAGAAAGAUAUUGUUGUCCCCAUUUUACAGAUGUGGAUAUUUAGGCUCAAAAGGAGGAAGUGACUUGUCCAGGGGCAGAGACCAAAUGGGAAUCUGAUUCCAGUGGAUGUGUUUUCUCUAUACUGGGUGGUCACUGCCCACUCGCUCUGAAACCAUCUGAUUGUUGUGCCCUGCCUUGGAGUUUAGAAGUUGAGUGCAGGCUUGGGAGUCAGACUGGCUGGACUGGGUUCUAACUCUGCCACUGCUAGCCGGGUGCACUUGAGCAAGUCAUUUCACAUCCCCGAGCCUCUAUUCUCCAUCAGUAAGAUGAGGACAAGUAUAAAACCUCCUUUAUGGGUUUGUUGUGAACACAGUGCAGGACAAAUUUAUAAUAAGAGCUCAGUCAAUGGUAGGUUUCAUGCAACUGCUGCUCUAGGCUGGAAAAGUUGUCUGUGCACUAGAUGCAGCAUGAGAAGCUGGCUGCUAAGAUGUCACUGGGGGUCAGUAAAGCUGAAGCCUGAAGGAAAGCCUCUCAUUGCUGUAGAGCUCUCCCUGCCUCUCUCUCUGGGAGCGAUGUGGAAGGUCAGGAGUCCAGCCCAUUCCCAGGGUGCAUGGGAUAAUGAUUGCAUUUUCCUUUUGCUCUGAAGUUUCACUCCCCUUCUGGGUCCCAAGGGCCCAAUGGCCUGACUUUUAGAAUUGCUUGCAAUUGAUGUUUUCUCUUGAAUUUGGGGGCUGCCAUUGAAAGCCAGGUUUCCAUGUGCUGAAGAGCAGCCAUUCAAGAGUCUGAAAAGUAGACAAAAGGACUCCGAUUGCCUUGGGUUGGUUCUGCUGUGCUCUGGAAGGUAACUGUAGCCACCGGGUACGAAAAGGAGCCUGGUGGGGAGACCACUGCACCCAAAACAAAUCCUUUCUUCUUCUGAGAGUGUGACUUUUUCUGGUGUUGUAAAAAAGAAAAAAAAAAAAUAAUGCUCAUUGUAAAAAUAAAAUAAUAA